CCUUCCGGCUCCGGUCCCAUAGCAAGUGGAAAGAUGCUGAUGCCCAAGAAGAACCGUGUUGCCAUUUAUGAGCUCCUCUUCAAAGAGGGCGUCAUGGUGGCCAAAAAAGAUGUGCAUCUGGCUAAGCACCCUGAGCUUGCCGACAAGAACGUGCCCAACCUUCAUGUGAUGAAAGCUAUGCUGACCUUGAAGUCUCUUGGGUAUGUUAAGGAGCAAUUUGCCUGGCGUCAUUUUUACUGGUACCUCACCAAUGAAGGUAUCCAGUACCUGAGAGACUUCCUCCACCUUCCACCUGAGAUUGUUCCUGCCACCCUGCGUCGCCAGAUGCGCCCUGAGACCGCAAGGCCCAGGCCAAAGGGUAUGGAGGGAGAGAGGGGAGAGAGGCCAGCUCGCUUCAACCGUGAUGGGGGUGAUAGAGACAAUUACAGGAGAUCUGCUGCCCCACCUGGUGGAGACAAGAAAGCUGAGGCAGGUGCUGGUUCAGCCACAGAGUUCCAGUUUAGAGGUGGAUUUGGGCGUGGCCGAGGACAACAGCCUCCCCAGGAGUAAAUUUCUUUCAAUUUCUUACAAUAAAGACACAAAACACGGCU